AUGACUCACAGUCAAAUCGAAGCGAUACUAAUCUUAGCUUGUUUUUUGUACAAACUUUUUAGCUCUGGUGAACCUAGAUUCCUCAGAAGCAUGUUUGUCGAAGAAGAGUGGCUGCCAAACAGAACAAUAUCAGAUUUAAAAUUCCUAAUUUCUCAACUACCUUUUACCGGACAUUCAUUCCUGAUCUCAUCGAUACGCCUCUGGAGAGAAUUACCACUUGACGUCAUCAAUGCACUUAACAUAGAUACUUACAAGAGCAAAGCCUACCAAUUCUUCCAUGACCUUGAUCUUAAGGAGAACUUGAUUCCCGGUUUCACUGAUGAUGAUUCAAAUCGUUAA